UAUUAAUUAGGGAUAGGAGGUGCUUAUUCUGCACUUUUAAUAUCUUGCAUUGUAACAACGAUUUCAUCACAAGGGUGAUGGGACUUGGGCUGCAUUUGAUAGUUCGUUUGGUUUGGGUUCUUGCACAAUCAGCUUCUCAUCCUGAUGGCUUGUCGUAGCAAGUGUUUGAUAUCAGUUUGAAGCUUUGAUGGCCGAGGAGUACUCCUGGUGGCAUACUUUUUGAUUCCAGUUGUUUUCUUCAAACUGUGUCACUGACUGGCAUCAUCUUCCUUCUCUUUAUCUCAUUUAAUUAAAGGAAGUCUAAAAUCUUUUGAAGAAGGUUCAAAGACCUUAUCAAGACUGUAUUUCCUGCUGAAUGGAGAUCCAGACAUAUUCUUCUCAAUAUUAGGAGAUGUAUUAACACUAGAGACCGAAGCAUUCUCAUCCAGGAGGUCUUCAGAUAAGUUUUCAUCGUGAAAGUUGGACAUACUGAUUAUAAUUUAA